AUGUAAAUAAAAAGAAGAUUAUUAAUAAAUUUUUAUAAUUUACUCUUAUUUUAAAAUGCUAUAGAAAAUAAUUGUAGCCUUUAGUUCUACAGUAAAUACUUUCAAAAUAAGUCUAAAUUAACAGAAUUUUAUAAGGCAAUACAUCCAGAUAUGUUGUAAAAUGCACCUGAUAAUAUUAAAAUGGAGAAUACAAGAAUAUUGAAAAUUCUUAACAAUUAUUUUGAUGCUGUAUCAUAGAAUGAACGUAGUAUUAGAUGCAUAUUUAGGUAAGGAUUAAUAAGGUGCAAUUUAUAAGUAAGUAGAUGAAAAUAUAUUACAAGGUGACAACUUAAAUAAGAGAACAAAUAAAUUAAAAAUAUUAGGAAAUAAAAAAGGAAUUUGCAGAAAAAUAUGCUAAUCCUUUUGUUACUUAUACAAAUUAAUAUGAAACAGCAAAGAAAAACUUUCUUGAAACAACAACAUCAUUGAAGAAAAGGUCAUCAAAAAAAGGAAUAUGAGU